CAGUAACGCAAGACUCUUUCAGACUCAUCCAACCAGCGGCUCGCUUCCUCUAUGAAGAGAGUAAGGCUGCACUCCAUUUCACCAUGGCCUCCCUCGCUGCAGCAGACGCGGACUUUUGCUCCAACCUGUUCAGAGAGAUCGACAGCAGUCAAGGGAGUGAAAACAUGUUCUUUUCCUCUCUGAGCCUCUUCACUGCGCUGGCCCUGGUUCGCUUGGGUGCGAGGGGUGACUGUGCUUCUCAGAUUGAUAAGGCGCUUCACUUUAAUACCUUCUCAAGACAUGGAAACUCUUCUGAUACUCAGCAGCCAGGACUCCAAUCUCAACUGAAAAGAGUUCUGUCUGAUAUAAACACAUCCCACAAGGAUUAUGAACUCAGCAUUGCCAAUGGACUUUUUGCAGAAAAAGUAUUUGAUAUUCGAAAGGACUAUAUUGAGUGUGCUAAGAAAUUAUAUAAUGCCAAAGUGGAAAGAGUUGACUUUACAAAUGAUGUGGAAGACACCAGAUACAAAAUUAACAAAUGGAUUGAAAACGAGACCCAUGGCAAAAUCAGGGAUGUCUUUCAUGAAGGGACCAUAAGCUCAUCUGCUGUGAUGGUGCUGGUGAACGCCGUGUACUUCAAAGGCAAGUGGGAGUCAGCCUUCACCAAGAGCCAGACCCAAAAUUGCCAUUUCAGAUCUCCCAAGUGUCCCGGGAAAGCGGUGGCCAUGAUGCAUCAGGAACGGAAGUUCAAUUUGUCUGUCGUUAAAGACCCCCCCAUGCAGGUUCUUGAGCUCAGAUAUCAUGGUGGUAUAAGCAUGUACGUAAUGCUGCCGGAUAAUGACCUAUCCCAAAUUGAAAACAAACUGACUUUUCAGAAUCUAAUGGACUGGACCAAUCCAAGAAAAAUGAAAUCUCAGUAUGUUGAAGUGUUUCUACCUCAGUUCAAGAUAGAGAAGAAUUAUGAAAUCAAGCACUAUUUGGAAGCCCUAGGGCUGAGGGAUAUCUUUGAUGAAUCCAGAGCUGAUCUCUCUGGUAUAGCUGCAGGAGGCCGUCUGUACAUAUCAAAGCUGACGCACAAGUCUUACAUAGAGGUCACCGAGGAGGGCACAGAGGCCACUGCCGCCGCAGGAAGCAGCAUCGUGGAAAAGCAGCUGCCCGAGUCCAGUGUGUUCCGAGCUGAUCACCCGUUCCUGUUUAUAAUCAGGAAGGACGACAGCAUCUUGUUCAGUGGCAGAGUCUCUUGCCCUUGAAACUACAGCUGGCUUUUAUUAUAACAGAAACAACAUCAAGGAACCACCACAAGGAGAGAGAUUUAAGCUUAACUGGAAGCAUGUGAUGACUCCUUUCCGGUUACUUCCUUCUAACGCUGAUCAGCAGGAGGUUUGGGUGACUUGACUUGACCUGGUGGAUUGUCCUGAUCUUGCUCUUAGCAUUUCUACCACCAUCCGGCCCACCUCUUUCUAAUUUCAUCGUCUUUCUAUCCACAUUGAUUUCCACCAGUCUUCACCAUAGCCACUUGCACAAAGAUCUGGGUGUACUAUCUGGGAACUGUGGAAUGCUCUGCCUGUAAUGUUAGAGUAGUAAUGUAGAAGCAGCCCUAGGGAUAUUUUUUGAGACUGUAGUUAUCACAAAUAUUCUAGUUUCAUUGCAAAUAUCUAGGAAGUAGAUCCAGCUGCUGGAAAUAAGUGUCAAGGAUAACUUUUCCUUGCUGAGAUAAGAAGACAUCAGAAUUUACUUUUAAUAUAUCUGAUUUGAAAUUAGUAUCUAAUCUAGAUGCUAAAAAUUAUGGAUUUGGGAUUGGGAACCAAUAAAAUAGUUCAUCAAUAAUUUUGACUUGACAUCUUUCAGCCUUUCCUUACUAGAGAUUUGAUGUGUACAUAGGUUUUCAAAUACUAAAUUAGUAUCUUUUAACUUUUGCCAGCUGUUGUUUACAGCGUAUUAUUUCAUAUGCUGUG